AUGGACGGAGCCCAACUCCGUGAUGAGGCCGCUCAAGAUCGAGUGCGAGCCGCCACCGAAUUUCUUGAUCCGACUGAUACUCGAGAGCGGAGCUACCGAGCAGAUAUUGUACUGAUGCUGAACCGGAAAUUACGGCGGUUGAUUGUCAGCAUCGAUGAAAUUCGAGCGCAUAACCGUGAAAUGGCGGAAGGCCUUCUUACAUCCCCAUUUGACUGGUCGGACGCAUUCGACAGAGCCCUCAAGCAUAUUAUUGGGACGCUAGGCCGCCCGGCGAGUGAAACUGCAGACGAUGUAAACUAUUACUGUGCUUACAUCGGAGCUUUCGGAGAAUUCUCAUGUAACCCAAGAACACUCGGAUCCUCACACCUGAAUCGGAUGGUUUCCCUGGAAGGCAUUGUCACGAAAUGUUCCUUGGUCCGGCCGAAAAUCAUCCAAAGUGUGCAUUACAAUGAGAGUAAAGAUAGAUUUGUUGCGAGGAGAUACAGGGAUCAGACCAUGACAGCCAGCGGCGUAACAAAUAUGAACGUUUAUCCACAGGAGGAUGAUGAGAAGAAUCCGCUUAUUACUGAAUACGGAUAUUCUACAUAUAUGGACCAUCAAACUAUAUCCAUCCAAGAAAUGCCCGAACGUGCCCCAGCUGGCCAGCUUCCCCGAAGCGUCGACGUCAUCGUGGACGACGAUUUGGUUGAUCGAGCGAAGCCCGGAGACAGAAUUCAGCUGGUGGGAAUCUACCGUUCUUUAGGAAACCGAAACGCGAGUUCCGGGUCUUCUACCUUCCGCACGCUCGUCAUGGCAAACAACAUCAUUCAGCUAUCUUCAAAAUCCGGUGGAGGGAUUGCGCAGGCAACUAUCACGGACACUGAUAUUCGGAACAUCAACAAGAUCUCCAAGAAGAAACACGUUUUCGAAUUGCUGUCCAACUCUCUCGCCCCUAGCAUUUAUGGUCACGAUUAUAUCAAAAAGGCUAUUUUGCUCAUGCUUUUGGGCGGCAUGGAAAAGAAUCUUGAUAACGGCACACACUUGCGUGGUGACAUCAACAUUCUCAUGGUUGGAGACCCUUCAACCGCGAAAUCUCAAAUGCUCCGAUUUGUUCUAAACACUGCCCCUCUCGCGAUAGCUACGACUGGUCGCGGUUCUUCUGGUGUUGGUCUCACUGCUGCCGUCACCUCAGACAAGGAGACAGGAGAGCGAAGGCUUGAGGCCGGUGCCAUGGUGCUGGGUGAUAGGGGCGUGGUCUGCAUUGAUGAGUUCGAUAAGAUGAGUGAUGUUGACCGUGUGGCUAUUCACGAAGUCAUGGAGCAACAAACGGUCACCAUUGCCAAAGCAGGUAUCCACACCAGCCUGAACGCUCGCUGCAGUGUUCUGGCUGCUGCGAACCCUAUUUAUGGCCAGUAUGACCCUCACAAAGACCCCCACAAGAACAUUGCUUUGCCCGAUUCCCUUUUGUCACGUUUCGAUUUGUUGUUCGUCGUGACAGAUGACAUCGAAGAUGCUAGAGACAGAAUGGUUUCAGAGCACGUUUUACGUAUGCACCGAUAUCGCCAGCCGGGCACCGAGGAAGGCGCUCCCGUGCGGGAGCAGCUCAAUCAGACCCUAGGUGUUGGUAUCGAUGACGCCGAGGACACAAACCAGCCCACUGAAGUCUACGAGAAGUUCAACUCCAUGCUGCAUGUUGGAAUCGCCAUGGCAAACCGAGGCCGGAAGAAGGACGUUGAGAUCCUGAGCAUCCCGUUUAUCAAGAAAUACAUUCAAUACGCGAAGUCAAGAGUCAAGCCAUUCCUAACGAAAGGUGCUGCUGAUCACAUCGUUGAAACCUAUUCUGCGCUGAGAAACGACGAGCUGUCGGCAAACCAGCGACGAACAUCGCCAAUUACUGCCCGUACCCUAGAAACCCUAAUCCGUCUGUCAACCGCGCAUGCGAAAUCACGUCUUUCUAGCCGGGUUGAGGAGAAAGAUGCCAGGAUAGCAGAAUCUAUCCUGCGAUUUGCUAUGUUUAAAGAAAUCGUCGAAGAUGGACGCCGUAAGAGAAGAAAGGUCACCACCUUCGAUGAGGACUCCGAAACGAGUGAUUCUGACUCGGAUGAUGAUGAUGAUGACCGUACACCUACAAACACUUCAUCCGCAACCCCUCGCUCUACCAGGAGAAACUUGCGAGCACGCGCAGCACAGGCUCGCGCAGAGGAAAAUGAUGACGUCGAAAUGGGUGCAGAAGGUGAUGAUGUUUCCGUCGACGGCGACGGCCUGUACAACUCAAGCCCUCGCGGACAGCGGAUACAAUCGAGCCAGUCUCGCAUGUCCGUUGCAUCGUCCCGGCCCGCCUCUCAGCUUGUCGAAUCCCAAACCGACACCUCACAAUCACAGAAUACAUCUAGCGCCUCUGCGCCGUCCCAGGCUAUUCAACCUGCGCGUUUGACAGUCUUCCGUCAAGCACUCGGUCCCUUGAUGGGAACCAAGCUCUUUACAUCGGGAGACACAGCUGACGUCGAGGAGCUCAUUGGCGCCGUCAACACAGCAGUGCGCACGUCGCGCUCUCUAGGCGAAUCACAAGUCUUCCAACGGCCAGAGGCAAUCCAGGCUUUGACAGCUAUGAAUGAGAGAAACGAAUUGAUGUACCUUGAAGACGAUGAGACCGUGUACCGGAUUUAG